GGGGAAGGGACAGCAGACGCGGAUAUCUGGAGAGACGCCGACGAGCGUCAGUCGUACGGCCCAGUUUGCAGACGUAUCACUACUCAGCUUCUCCCUCGCUAAACAGCAAGCUUUAUCAGUUUGUGUUCCGAGUGAAAUAGAGGAGGCAAGGAUGUCGGAUGAUAACUCGUCGGUUGUGGAUGAGCAGAAGAAGAAGAGGGGCCGGCAGGCUAAAAGCGAGAAGAACGCUGUUAAGGAGCCCAAGAAGAGAGGCAGGUCCACCACUGAGAAGAACAGCAAAGCCAAGUCCGACGGCGAAGAUGACGCGCCUGCGGUGCCAGUCAAGAGGGGACGCGGUAGGCCAAAGGGUUCUCACAAAAAGAAGACCGCCGCAGCGAAGUCCCCCGGACGUGGACGUGGCCGGCCGAAGAAGGUAGAGGAGAAACCUGAAAGCACUGGUGAGGAGGAAGACGAACAGGAGGAGGAAGAGGAAGAGGAGGAGAACUGAACAAUCAGAACACCUGCUGAUGAACAAAAUAAAUCAUUAAAAUAACACAUUAAGCGAGCAGCCCUUUCUCUAUUUUGACGAUGACGACAACUCACACGUCUAUCCUCUUUGUUUCUUCAAAUGAAUAAUAUGCUUUAAGAGUUUCUUUUUGUAAACAUGUCGGUUGAAGACAUGAAUCUAGGUCCUUUUAUUCUUCGAUUUUUAAACGAUCGAUUAAUUCACUGAACGGUUUUAUAGCACGUAUAUUUAAUAAAAAAAUAAUGAUUUCGACAUAGAGGGAAAAAGCGCCAAAAGAUAUAAAGGUUCUGUAAUUAUGUGAUGCGUCGAGAUAAGUCAAAAUUUAAAUGACAACACAAAGUAAAUGGUGUGUAGUGAUCCAUGUUUUUUGGAUACUCGUGCGUUUGCAUUAUAGGAAUUCCUUUGGGACAAGUGUUUUUUUUGUUUUUUUUUUUUUUUUUUUUUUUUUGUUUUGUCUUCGAUUUUUUUAAAUUAAUGUGACAUGAUUUGAAAAAUGAAACGUUCUGUUUACUAAAGCACUAUCUCCUUUCUUUGCAUCUGUACUACAUGUGGGUAUAUCUAGUAAAAAAAGCUCUUGCUGACAGUUGAACGAUGCUUUGUUUAUGCCGCGAAUGUAAGAAAGAAUUUUUUCUUGUCUUUUAAGUACUAAAAAUAAUCUAAUUAACGAAAAGAAGUCCUAAUUCUACGUACGAAACAUUAUUGAGUGAGUGUCAAAUUUGUAUUAAAGUAAAUAAAUUCACAGACUACAUCUUUCGA